AAACCAAAAGCAGCAAGCAUCGACAAGAGCAACAUACUGUUGUUGUGACCGAUUUCCGGUUCGCAUGAUUUUGCAAAAAUGGGCAAUAAUAGACAAAAGAGAUUCAGAACUCAUCGCGACCAUCGUGGUCAAUCAAGUCGACACCACCAACUCUUACUGUAACAAAUUCUUUCCCAAUAUCUGUGCCUCGUGCCCAAUUCUUUUUAUUUAUUUUCUUCCCUUUUCAAUUUUAUUUUAUUUUUCUUUUAAUUUCCUAUUCAUGAGGGUUUGGUUAUUGAUCUCACUGUACUUCAGAGAGGAAGAUUCUCAAAGCUCUGUUCAAGAAGUUGGUGGGGGUGUGGAGGAGGAAGAGCUCACGGUCACUGUCCCCAAAAUAAAGCUUGCAAUGUGGGAUUUUGGGCAAUGCGAUGCCAAAAAAUGCACUGGACGCAAGCUUUCAAGACUGGGCUUGUUAAAAGAGUUACGUGUGAGUAAUGGUUUUGGGGGCAUUGUUCUAAGUCCUGUUGGAAAGCAAUGUGUCUCAAGAGAAGAUUACUCUUUAAUCAAGGAGAGAGGAUUGGCUGUUGUGGAUUGCUCAUGGGCACGCUUAGAUGAUGUGCCUUUUGUGAGGCUGCGCUGCAGUGCUCCUCGCCUCUUGCCAUGGCUUGUAGCAGCAAAUCCGGUAAAUUAUGGUCGGCCAUGUAAGCUAUCUUGUGUAGAGGCCUUAUCUGCUGCUUUGACAAUAUGUGGGGAAGAAGAAACAGCAAAUCUGUUGCUUGACAAGUUCAAAUGGGGUCACGCUUUUAUGUCUCUGAAUGGAGAAUUACUGAAUGCCUACUCCAAAUGCCAAAAUAGUGCUGAUAUUAUUUCUGUUCAAAAUGCUUGGCUGUCACAAGAGAGUCAGAUUUCAAGGGCUCCUACUGAUAGUGAAGUUGUGACACUUGAAAGUAAGGAUAAAAUUCAAAACUCUUCCGAUUCUGAAGAUGGGCUUCCACCUCUUGAAAAGAACAUGAAUCAUUUGAACAUAGUCAAUAGUGAUGAAGAGAGUGAGUAGAUGCACUUUUAAGUCUCUAACAUGAGAUUUCUCAAACCAUGCUGCGAUACUGGAAGUGAUUUGGAGGUGUGCGCAAUGCAGAAUUGCUUGGCAACAAAUUUUGGUUAACAAAAUAUGCGUCUUAUCAACACAGAUGGCGUUUAGUUCCCAGUACUUUCUUUUACUUUAUUUAUAAAGUAUUUAAAUAUGAACAUAUGAUAGUGUCAGCAAGUAGUAAGCUAUACGUAUAUUUUUCCUUAUUAGGUUUUGAAUGUGUGAUUUGUUUAUCAUCUUGGUUAUUUGUAGUGUGUAAUACUUAUAUGACGUCAUGGGUGAUCAUUUUAUAUUUAUGAUGAAAAGGAAAUUAUUUCA